CUUGUUCAGACUAGAAACCAAGACAAACCUAAGAUAUUCAUUGAUUGGGCAGAGUCUCUUGUUUUAAAUGUUCUGGAAUGUGUGUUGAAUUCAUCUAUGCCCAAAGUGUCUGGAAGCGAGCAUUAGUCUAUGAGCAAAUUCUCUUUUGGUAACAAGUCUGUCUCAUUUCAUUCUGCUAUCGCCAAUGGUGUUUUUGCUAAAUCUGAUGGUAUUCCAGAGGUUGCUAUAUCUGAUGCUAUUCCGGAGGUUGCUAAAUCUGAUGUUGCCCUAGAGGUUCCUACGUCUGAUGCUAUUCCAGAGGUUGCUACAUCUGAUGGUAUUCCAGAGGCUGUUGUACAGCAAGAGAGUCGUCCUGCGGUCACUCCAGAUGUCGUUACUCCCAUUGUCCCUCUUGUUGUUAUCUUUGGUGGUUUAGAUAAUCCAGUUGUUCUAUCUAGCUCUUCAACACCUGCUAAAGUGCAUAAUGAGGCUGUUGCAAAAGAAGGUCCUAUUCCAGUAUGCGCCUUGUUUUCUGAAGUUAAAACAAAAGAUUCAAUUGCUGCAGUUCCUGCCAAAGGUAUUUCUCCUUCAAAGUCUAAAUGUGAUAUUACUGAUGUCGAUUCUUUCGUGUUGCUUUCAGAUGGCCCUGCUAAGGAUUGUAAUGAGAAAGAUGCUGCUAACAGUUUUGGGAUUCCUUCCUUUGCCGAGCUUAAUCGUGCUCUUGGUAUUCAGUCUCCUUCUAAUGUCUGCAAUUACACCCCAGUUCAUGCUCAUGGAAAAUCUCCUAUGGAAGAUACAAAUUCUUUUAGAGACCUGUCACCCCUUGUUCCAAUUCGCUUGUCGCAGUAUUUCCGUAAUGAGUUGGGUGAUGUCCAGUGUUCUCAGUAUGUUGCCGACAGAUAUCUGAAGUUGUUUAAUUCACCUAAUGAUGAGGAUUGUAUUGUUAUGGUUAAUGUCGAUCACUCUGAUUAUUCAAAGCCAACCAAUCAUGUGAACUUAUGUUCUCCUGAUGUAAUCUUGCAAACUACUCCAAAAGCUGUUGUGAAGCUCAAUGAGGCAGUAGUUGAUGUCCAUAAAGUUGGUAGCUCAAACUUUGCAGCUAGGUGUCAAGAGCUAUCUAGAUCAAAUGAUGUUACUUACAACAAGCUGCACAGUUUUGCUGCCCCUGCAACAAUUUAUCGUAAUCUUAUAAAGGUUGCUAAUAGCCCGGAAUUAGAGAUCCUGUCAGACACGCCUGUUGUUUCUAGUGCUCAUCUUCUAAGGUUCCUGCAUGUUCGAAAGGUGCUCCAUCAUUUCAGCCCCUUGGUGGUUCUACAACUAGUUCUUCUGCAGGUCAUGUCCCUCGUAGAAUUGUUGCCCCUGGUAGAUUCAACUCAGAUCCUUAUGUUCCUCAAGUGAAUCGUUAUUCAGUUACUGCUCAAGAAAGGCGUGAUCAUCUUGCAAUGGUUCAGAUUGCAAGUCAUCCAGAGUGGUGCAAGUACGAGGCUAUCCGAUAUGAAAGAGCUUACUGUAGUUAUCGUAACCUUUCUUCACUAUAGUUCAAAUCUCGCGUAAACAAUUUGUUGAUCUUGUGUGCGUGUCGGUAUCUAUUCAAUGAAGCUCACCCUUCCGUUUCUAAGAAACAUUUCUUCUUCUCUUACAUUGGUGAAACAAUUCUGGAUGGUACUAAUGCUGAGAUUGUUGGUAAUGCUUUCAAUGGUGCUAAUAGCGCUUUUCCUAUGUGGAGAAGCAACAUGCUGUACUUCCCUAUUUGUAGGUCCAGUCAUUGGUUUUCUUUUGUGGUUUGCUUGAAGGAGAAACUGUUUGUCUUCCUCGAUUCAUUAUAUGGCGAGUUCUCUGAUUUCCACCUAGCCAUUCAUGAUCCGAUUGUUAACAACUUCAUCAAUCUAUGGGACACAUAUGUGACUCCUAUAUUGAGGAAGCGUAUUGACUUUGAAAAUUUCGACAUUGUGUAUCCUGCGGUCCCUCAGCAAAAUAACACGUAUGAUUGUGGUGUUUUCUCUGUUAUGUACAUGAAGCACUGGUCUCCUAGGACUCCAAUCGGCAAUCUUUUUACGCAAGCUGAUAUAGAUAACAUCAGGAUCAAGCUCGCAAAUGAAGUUUAUUUCAGCCAUUUCAACACUGCUGACAAGUCUCUUGUCACAAACUUCUUUGGUGACGUGCAGAACUAGAUAACUUUUUCUAUCUUCGGUGGUGAUUGAGUGUGAAGGUUUUCCUUGGUGGUCAACUGCAGAGUUUUCUUGAUGGUCAACAAGUCUGGAGAUGCUUCGGUCUUUUAUUAGCUUCUAUAGUUUAGGAAUGUGUUGCUUUUGACCCAACAAUAUUAUUUGGUGCAAGAUUGUUCUAGGUUAAUGUACUUUUUGGGCUGACGAGUUGUAUCCCUACCUUUGUAACAGUUCAAGACCCUUUGUUAUUGGGAUUAUUUUUUCGCAUGUUUU